CCGAUUGUCUCAAUUUUCGUGAUGUGAUACUGGCUUAAAACUUGAAACUCGUGGAAAAUUUCAAACUCCGCCGCUCUCAGUUAUAAAAAUAAUUAUUUUCGAGUAACAAUUAAUUAUUUUCGUUAACCCUCGGCACAUUUACUUCGAUAAGAAUUAUUGUUGUGAACGAAGGAUAUGUUUGCAUGUUAACCCUGUAACCUGUUACGUCACAUUUGCGCGGCACGAAGUCACAUUUUUGGUGUGUCACGUUCAUCAUGCAUUAAUUUCGCGAAUGGUCAACUCCGUUUGUGAAUCUAUUGACAGUAUCCCGAGUUAAUUGCAUCGUUACGAAGAAUCACAUAUCAGGUUGAUAAAGUCAAGUGAAUUGUGUACCUCAGUAAGAAGAGUUACUGUGAAUACAUAUUAAGAGCAGAUGAGAAAUUGGAGCACAAUGACGGCAGUUCCAGCUAAGCACACUCUUCAUAGCGGAAUUUUUCAUCCUGUCCUACGAGAGUGGCAGUCACCGAACAUUGAGAUCACUGUUAAUAAUCUUAUGUAUCCAAUAUUUGUUUCGGACGAAGAAAAUGCUAAAGAUCCAAUUAACAGCAUGCCUGGUGUAUAUCGCUAUGGGAUUAAUCAGUUAGAAAAGAUGUUGCAACCACUGGUUGCAAAAGGUUUGCAGUCUGUUUUAUUAUUCGGCGUAUCGCAACAUCUUGAGAAGGAUGAGAUUGGAAGCAACGCCGAUAGUACAAGGAAUCCUGUUGUUCAAGCUGUACCAUUGUUGCGAGAAAAAUUCCCUAAUUUAGUAAUAGCAUGUGAUGUUUGCUUAUGCGCAUAUACGAAUCACGGACACUGUGGUAUUCUCAACAAUGAUGGUAGCAUAAAUAACGCAAGCAGUAUCCAACGGAUCGCUGACGUUGCUGUAUCGUAUGCAAAAGCUGGCGCCCAAAUUGUUGCACCAUCUGACAUGAUGGACGGUAGGAUAAGUGCGAUAAAGCAUGGUUUAGCUGUUGCUGGAUUUUCAAAUAAAGUAGCGGUCUUGUCAUACGCUGUAAAGUUUGCAUCAGGACUUUACGGGCCUUUCCGGGACGCGUCGCAGUCUGCACCAAAGUUCGGCGAUCGCAAAUGCUAUCAGUUGCCUCCUGGUAGUAACGGACUAGCAGCCAGGGCUGCUGCAAGAGAUGUGGCUGAGGGAGCGGAUAUGCUAAUGGUGAAGCCGGGAUUGCCUUAUUUGGACGUGGUGCGACAUACGAAGGAUGCGCAUCCAGAAUAUCCUAUAUUUGUGUAUCAAGUGUCGGGAGAGUACGCUAUGUUGUAUCACGGUGCACAGAAUGGCGCGAUCAACUUAGAGAAUGUACUCAAUGAGAUAUUACUCUCUAUGAGAAGAGCGGGUGCUGAUUGUAUUAUAACGUACUUUACGCCAUUAAUCUUAGAUUGGUUGCAACCGAAAAGCAAGUUAUAAUUAGAAAUUAGUACAAGAUAAGAAAACAAAUUGUAGAUUAUUCAAUUGACAUAUACGUAGAAUAUGUAUGUAAUAAUUUAUUUUAUAUUUGGACAUGGUCUGUCUUUCAUCUAUUUCUCGCAAUCAGUCUGCUUUCUUUAGUCAAUCUCUAGAAUCAGUCUAGUUCAAUCUCGGUUUGUGUCUGUCUUUCGGAAUUAAUCUCACUCAUUAGUUGUCUUGAUUUUAUGAUUCAAAUUAUGUUACGGUCGUUCACUAUAUAUUCAAAUAGUAUUUAUUUGAAUAUAUAGUAAACCUAUUUGAGAAAUCAAUAUAUAUAAAUUUUUUUUUAA